AUGUCGUCUGUCGCCGAAAUAUUCCUUCCGACGGAAAUCGUUCUCCAGAUCGUGUCGCGCGUGGACCGCAGCCUCCGCGGCCACGAACGCCAGAGAACGCUGUACACGCUCUGUCUGGUUUCUCAUCAGUGGUACUCUGCUGCGCUAUCGUUCCUGUAUGCACGGCCUCGUCUUGAAAAGGGCAACGCGUAUCGGAAGUUCACUGCGAUACUGUGUCCACCAGCGAGUGCGCCAAAGACGAGCAAAGAUCUGGGCCGGUUGGUUCGCCGACUGGAUUUGAGCAGGCUGGUCCAUCACAGCUCGAAUAGCAUGACUGCCAGGUUGAUAGGACGGGUCAGGGAGAAUCUAGAAGUAUUCAUUGCUCCGGCAUCCGGGUUCUCAGUGAACUCCUUCUCGCCGCUCUCAAAAUGCACCAAAUUACGAUACUUAGACCUGUCUUUGGUCAACGAAUCGUUUCAAUUCGAUAGUGUGAUCAAGUCACUGCGAUACAUGCAGCACUUGGUCGAUUUCCGCGCACCUGGGUUCAUGCGUAUCACCCAAGACACCGUGGCUCUCAGGGCAGACAGCGGCGGUCCAACAUGGCCAGCAAGCAUCGAACAGCUACAACUAAGCGGCACCAUAGAUAUUAACAUGGGCACAUUCCGCUGGCCGGAAAACAUAACUCAACUAACACUCAAACACUGCAUGAAUCUAUCCCUCUACGUCAUGACCGGCCUCCUCGGCAACCACCAGCUAGACGAAAACCUCAAACGACUCACAGUCUCAACCUACAACCGCGGCCUGCAACCUGAAUGCAUACACCUCAUACCGGUCUUUCUACCAAACUUGCUUUUCCUCAGCAUCCCCGGAGACCUAGUACAUGACAUAUUCUUUUCGAUGAUGAAGCACCGGGGCAAGAAACUCGCGCUCGAGGUUCUAGAACUAGGGCAUACGCAUACAGGCGACAAGCUCGAUUUUUCCAUACAGUCUCUCAUAAACGUGCUAGAUACUAGUCUGCCAAAUCUGCGCGCAGUGGGUUUUCAUACUAUGUAUGGCGACGACCAUCCAGAUCUAGACGACGCACUUUUGAAACGUGCCGAGGAAAAGGCAGAUGAGCUUCCCAUUUCGGAUGAGACUGUUGAAUUUGAUGCUGGUACAUAUUAUUUCGAUUAA